AGUAAGUAGUGACUGAGACGGAAAAAGUCUCAUCAAACAAAGAGAAAUCCUCCUCCAUCAUCUCCACAAGAAUUUCAAGUCCACUUUUCCAAUUGUCUCCAACAUACUCCCUUUUAUCUUGCUAGCUUCGACCCUUUGACUGUCUAUUAGCACUAUUAGCAAGCCUGUUAAACUCAAACUAAAUCAUAGGUUGAUAUGGGUCUUUGCUUGGGAUCUCUAGCUCAUGAUACAGAAGAUACCACAACCUCAACAGCUACUCCAGUGACAUCUUCUAGUAAGAUCACACAAUUUCCAAGAACAAGAAGCAGCAACUGCAGAAGUCAAUUUUCAGCGGGAGCAAGUAAAAUAAGCAUGGAUGAUUCAUAUCCUGAUGGGAAAAUCUUAGAGGCACCCAACUUGAAAGGAUUCAGUUUCACAGAUUUGAAGACUGCCACUAAGAAUUUCAAGCCGGAUUCUGUGUUGGGUGAGGGAGGCUUUGGCAAAGUUUUCAAGGGUUGGGUGGAUGAGAAGACCCUUGCACCCUCUAAUUCUUGCACUGGAAUGGCAGUUGCUAUCAAGAAAUGGAAUCCAGAAAGUAUGCAAGGUUUUCAAGAGUGGAAGUCAGAAGUAUAUUUUCUAGGAAGACUAUCUCAUCCCAACCUGAUCAGGCUAUUGGGAUACUGUCAGGAGGAUAAAGAGCUGCUUCUUGUGUAUGAGUUCAUGUCAAAGGGAAGCUUGGAUAAUCAUCUUUUUAGAAGGAACCCUAACAAUGAACUGCUUUAUUGGAACAUAAGACUCAAAAUUAUUGUUGGAGCUGCUCGAGGCCUGGCUUUCCUACACAGUUCAGAAAAGAAAGUCAUAUACAGAGAUUUUAAGACCAGAAAUAUACUGCUUGAUGGGAAUUACAAUGCAAAAAUCUCAAAUUUUGAAUUGGCAAUAGUAGGGCCUUCUGGUGCUAACUCACAUGUGACAACGGGGGUUGUGGGCACAUAUGGUUAUGCUGCUCCCGAAUAUAUUGCAACAGGGAGCAUCUAAAAAUCUUAAUCUCAUGGAGUGGGAUAAACUAUGGACCGUAAAUAAAAAGAUCAUUGAUCCUGUGUGACCCAAGCAUACUGCUGUCAUUGAGGAAAGAAGUGUGCUGCUUACUUGACGAGGAGAUAACCUUGAUGGAUUGGGGUAAAGCUAAUAGAGAACGACCAAGUUGGAAACAUCACCCAACUGAGUGGGAUAUUGCAUCUUGAAGGAUCUGUGAAGACCACAAAGUUGAAGCUUACUUGGCUCCCUGAAACAAGUGAGCUAGUUAACCUCACACUGGUGGAUUUUGAUUAUUUGAUUACAAAGAAAAAGGUAUGUGCUAGUGAACCGAUAACAUUAACUUUUUGACUCCUGCUAUCAAGAAUUGUAAAUUUCAUGUAUGCUUAAUUCUAGAGUAUCACUACCAUGCUUUAUCUUCCAUGGAAUGUUGACCAAUAGGAUGAAAAAGUUCUGUUAACAACCGGAUGGAUCACUGCGUUGUUGAUAUUCUCCUCCUAAAAAGAUCUUGCACUUAAGAGAUUUCUUGGUUAUAAUCUGCUGAUGUGAACAUUGUCACAGUAUAUGACAUAUUUGUAUCUAAAGUUUUGAAAAGCUUAUCAUGAGUGCUUUCAUUUAUCAACUUGUGAAUCUAUUUGACUGGAACAUAAUUAUGCACGUGGCAAAAAUGAUUGGCUUUGUUCUUUUAUGAUCAGUUUGUAAAUAUGGGUAACAUGUAUCUUGAGCGGAAGUGCAUUGUAAAUCAUGAACUAGUUUAAAAGUAGUAACUCCACACAUGCACCUCGCAUUUCCUAGAAAUUAGAGACGGAUAUGUGUGGUUUCCAAACAGUUUCAGACAUUUGAAAUGGCUGGCCAUGUCAAAAGGUGUAUUGAUUUUCAUAUGGAAAUGUAUGCCACAUUUUAGUCUGUAACUUGUGAUUGCAGCUUUGUAUUA